UGGCGUAGACUUCAUUCUGGUCGUAAUGCACUAAGGUUUCUUCUCACCUGCAUUUGCUAUGGUUUUCCAUUUUAAAGUGCUUUGAUAUUAUAGAAACAAAGGAAUCCCCAACAGUGUGGACACUUUGUAUUGAUCAGGUAGACUCUAAAGGAGCUAUGAAAAUGUAACGGGUCGUCACCUAUUAUGGCCUCUGGAGAUCAUGAUUGUACGGAAACAGAAUUCCAGAGUCUCGAGGAUACCCAACCCAGUGACCAUCUUGAACACAGCAGUGUGUCCAAGGUUGUGAAGAACAUGAAGGAGGUGGAUUUUUUUAAUAAGGAAGAAAUUAAUAAGAAAAGAUCUCCAGUGGGUCAAGCUGCACACAACUCUGGCAAAGUGAAACGAGUGGUGUCGUGCAAGAGGAAGACGCGUCACGUGACUGUGAGUUCCGGCGGCCGUCGGAGGACAGCCGUGUCUGGCAGGGGCUGUGACAUGGCAAACAAGGAGAACGAACUGGCCUGCACAGGGGACCGGCAGGAAAUACUCUACAAUGAACACCGCGGGUUCCCCCUAAACUCAGCCGAGGCCACCAAGAUGGAAGGGGCCGGGUCAAAAUACAGUGACUGCUUCACGGAGCUGUCAAAGGAUCAUGAUACGAUGACACAAGUGCUUUUUGGAAGAAAUCUCAGGCUCAACGUAGCUUUGACUCUGUGGAGAAGAAAUGCAGGCGAAUUAAUUGCAUAUCUUAUCAGGAUCCAAGAUACAGGUGUGCUUGUUGACUGCUUACCUGUAAUUACAAAAAGCCUUCAAGAAGAAAAGCCAAGUAUAUCCAUUGGUUGUUGCGUGGACCUGUUACCACUAGUCAAAAAUAUUCUUAACAGCCAAUAUGAAGAAUACCUGAUAGUCGGUUUACACUGGGUUCAGUCUGUGGUGAAAAAGUGGUGGCCAGAGCUUUCUGCAAAUGGUAGAAGCACACUUGACAGUCAUUCCGAUGAUAAAAAUAUUCAAGCAAUGAAGCAGCAGCUGCAGGAAUUAUGGGAACAUGGAGGUCGGUUAAGUUUAGUUCCAGGAACUACAGGUGAAGUGGCAAAGGCUAUAGAGUCCUAUUUGUCACAGCUGCACUGACUGCAGUGUAGCACUAAGAGGAAGCCACCACCACACUUGAUAGCAGUUUACAAACGCUGCUUUUCUACUCUUGAUUCAACUCCUGGGACCACAGACUGAAACUGACCAAGGCUCCAGAAUCACAGUUCAUUUGUGGGGUUAAUGAACUGAGUGACCCUCUCAUGCUCUUUUAAUUUAAAACUGAAGACAAAAAUAAGUCUUCCAUGAAAUGCAAAUGCCUGCUUCACAUUGAAGUAGACUGUUUGCUCAGAGGCACACGUUCCACUCCAUGAGGUUCAAGAGACUGUCAAUCAAGACUUUUCGGUUGAGUGCCAAGCUUAUUUUUUUUCCACAGCAGCACUGUUCUGCCACGUCGUAUGGAUUUGUGUAGAUGACUGUAACUCAUCCUUAGACG